GCUGACACGUUCAAACGUUUCCCACUCGACUUUUCGGUCUCGUCGAUCGGCAACAAAACGACAAAACCUGUUUGCCAUUUGCUAUUCAUUGAUUUGCUUUACUAUUUUAAAAUCUUUUUCUUUCCGAAUAUAACAAUCAAAUACCUGAUUGAUUGAUUUCAUCUUAUCCUGGAAAAAAGACGCAGGAAUUCGAAAUAUCUGUCUGUUUCUUUUAAGGUUUAUUUUAGUCGGAGAAAUCAACGUCGCUCCUCGUUAAUAAUCUCGUAAUUUUGCGAUUUUAUUCAGCUGCAUUGUGCAUCUGCGCCGCGUUUGGCUGCCGAGAAAAUAAACGAAAGAUUUUAGGUUACGGAAAUUCGGUGGUAUAUAGCGUAAGAAAUGUUAAAGAAGAACAUAAUUUCAAGUGCUAGGAAAUCAAAAGAGUUUUUGUUGAUUUCAUCAACGUUCGGAGGCUUACAUGCCAUCAAAGUAUCCAACUAGGGUUUGUUGACUCGUCGAUUUUGCAUACUUCAUUAUUGAUUUGGGUUUGUUGACUCGUCGAUUUUGCAUACUUCAUUAUUGAUUUAGUGUGAUGUGGGGGGUUGAUUGGACGUGGUUUUGAGUGUUGUUUACGGUUGAGGACUUUGAUAUACAAAGAGGCGUGUUGUUUGGGAACCUAAAGCAGGAAAGUACAUUUUCUCCCUCCGGAAUUUCUAAAUUUUAUUCUUGCAGUUUACGUUUGCAGAAUUUAGGUUUUGGAUCCCUUUAGAUUCAGUUACCGCAUGUAGCUCCAAAGUUGUUGCCAACAAAUUGAGCUCAAAUAAUGGCGGAGGGGCAGGUGAUUUUUGUUAAUGAGGUUUCUGACUAGGGUAUUGAAUCUAUUGAUUGAUGGGUGGUGUCAUGGAAAAAGGUUGGUUUGUGUAGAUAUGAGUGUUUGACAUUUGGGUCCGGAUUGAAAAGAUUUGUUUGCACAACUUCAUUGUCUAAGGUGCGAGAGGGCAUCAUGUGGUCUAAAAUCAGAAUGGAUAACUUGAUUGCACAGGAAAGUGAUCUUGAAGUAGACCUUGAAAGUGGCGGGACAACCAGCGAAGAGGAUAGAGGCAAAGAUUCAGUUUCAAAUAGUAGACAAAGGGACCAGUCUCGUAAUGUGUUUUGGAGUGGGUCAUCGAGUCAUGAUGGAUUGGUGAAUUCCUCAAGAGUUUCUGAGGUUGUAGAUGGGGAUGUAGAGUUGUUGAUGGAGAAGAACUCUGAAGGAGAAGAGAAUCAAGAGCACAAUGUUGCAGCAAAGACACGCGUAGAAGAAAAACGCAAGAAGAGGACCUCUAGAAAGGCUCCCAAGCCACCUCGGCCUCCAAAAGGUCCAUCACUUGAUGCAGCAGAUGAGAAGUUGGUCAGAGAGAUUGCUGAGCUUGCCAUGAGAAGGCGUGCAAGGAUGGAACGGAUCAAAACAUUGAAGAAGAUGAGAGCAGCAAAGUCUUCAUCUUUGAAUAGCAGCCUUCCUGCCAUGGUCAUCACACUUCUCUUCCUCGUCAUAAUCUUUCAUGGAAUAUGUUCGAGAGGCAGUCCAAGUUCCGGGGCACUUGGAUCUCCUGCGCCAGCAAUUGCCAUGAAUGAAGGCUUGAUCUCUAUUCAAUUCCACAAAAACUUCAACAUGGAUGAUGAAAGAAACGGCCCAAGCUUUGGCACUUUUAGUUCGGCUGAAGAACAGGUCUCUAGUUCAGGAUCCACGAAAGAAGUAAGUAGAAUCGGGGGCUGAUAUCAAACUAUCGUUGCUGAAGGUAAGAACUCCAAUUUUAUGUAUGUUCAAUUUCAGACAUACAUGCUGCAGCAGUUCAGUUACAAGUAAACAAUUCUCUCUCCAAUGAUAUUGGAUGCGGAAGCUGUGGUCACCAUCCAAAUCAUUGUAUUGACAACCGAAUUUCCGGACUUUUUUUAAAAUGUUAGUUCUUUAAAGCGGUUUUGAGGGUACUUCCCACUUGCGGAUUUGAGAUGGAUGAUGGUAGGAAUAUUUUGAGAUGGAUGUUAUGAUGUUUGUGUAUAUAUUUGUUGAAUUUCCUUGCCAAACUAUCUUAAUAAAGCAAACAGGGCAUCCAUCUGGAGAUGCCUUGAUCUGAUGUUGGAAUGCUGGCAUGUAAAGACACAACUUACAUGCACUCACCGAUAUAUGGUAUGGGAAGAUGCUUAUCAAGCA